AGCCUACUUCGAAGUCAUGAAUUCGCGUUUUCAAGGUCAUGCACACUUACGAGUCCCCAAGGUCAGAAGGGGCAAAAAAUAACUGGAAAUGACUAGUCGUGAAGUUUCAGGUCAAAGUGUUUACUCUUCUCUCACUGGCUUCAUAUUUUUGUUCAAUGUUAUAGUUGGCACUGGUGUAUUAACUCUCCCAGCUGCUUUUCAACAAGCAGGAUGGGUUAUAUCUGUGUGUGUAAUUAUUAUUCUGUGUUUCUUAAGGUAAAAUCUAAUACAUAGUUAACUGUAGUUUUUUAACAUUUACAUUCGUGAUUGAGGCACUAUCAAUAACCAAUGGUUUGCAAAAACUGAAGGGGACAGACCUUGUUCGCAAGUUCAAUUCACUUUCAUAACUAACUCAAUUUUAGCGAAAUGAAGACCUUAAAGACAGUGAGAGCAUCACUGACGAGACAUCUGACGGUAUGUGCAUUAGUAGCUUACAAAUUUCACAAAGAUGGUGCCAGUUUUAGGAUUAAUUCAGAAGACUUUCAAAUCACUGAGAAAUACGAACUUGGUCAAAUGUCUUUGAUGUAUUUCGGAAAGAUCGGGAAUAUUCUUUUCUAUAUCAAUAUAUGCACAUAUUUGUAUGGUGAUUUGGCUAUCUACUCUUCAGCAGUCCCAAAAUCAUUACGCAAUGUUGUUUGUUCUUUAAACAAUUCAAAGAACUCUUCGCUAUCAGAUUUUGAUCUCUGUUGGGCAUCAUCAUCGCUUACACGCAUGGAUGUAUACAGAAUAUUCGUUGUUAUAUUUGGAGCAUUUGUGCUACCAUUUCUCUUCUUCAGUGUAACUCGUUCACGAUGGCUUCAACUACUCACUGUUUGCUUACGAUGGCUUGGUUUCCUAUUAAUGUUAAGCCUAUCCAUUGAAAGAGCUAUUCUAUUGCGGAAAAGCAUUACAGUCGCCGCCUCACUACCCCUCUGGAAUCCAUCAGUUUAUACACUAUUUAGCCAACCAGAACCAAUUCCUCAACCACCAAUGUUUCAACCACACAAUAUACCAAAUUUAUUCGGUGUUUGUGUUUACGUGUUCAUGUGUCAUCAUUCUAUCCCGGGGAUUGUAACACCCAUAGGAAAUAAGCAUAGAAUAUUGUAUAAAGUAUUUAUUCCCGUGUUUAUAACAGUUCUCUUAUUCAAUCUAUUCCUCUCCAGUACAGCUAUUAUCGCUUUUAAUCAUAUUGAAGAUUUAUACACCUUGAAUUUUAUACCUGAUCAGGCGUUUAUUGAUAUCUCACAUAUUCCGUAUACAAUAGCCUUAAUAUUUGGUUACUUUUUAUGCCUAUUCCCUGUAUUCGCACUCACUUCAUCCUAUCCAAUUAUUGGAACUAGUCUACUCGGCAAUAUAUACAGUUUGUGCAGUUUUUUCCCGGUAUUUCAAGGGGGUAAAGCAAAAACGGCGUUGAAGUACAGUCUACCGUUUAUUGUCGCUUUACCUCCAUUGUGUAUCGCCUUGAUCACAGAUAAUGUUGGCUAUUUAACUGGUUUCACUGGGGCAAUAUUCGGCUCUGGCAUCCAAUAUAUUAUACCAGGUGUAUUAGUGUAUAAAGCACGUCGACAACUUUCAAAUUUUAUCAUAUCAUCGUCAAAUAGUGUUGUAACCAUCAGAACAGAUGGAGAACAUCAAAAUAAUAGUAGUAGUAGUAAUGAUAUGAGAACUGUUCAUGAUGACGCAAUGAUACAGACGACUUCAAGUAAUACUGCAGAAAGUAAUGAGGUAUAUAAUUCAACAGAAUGCUUAACUACUGCUGCUAAUAACUUGCCACAAACAGUCUCAAUUAUUGACAAAUAUUCAUAUCAUCGGUUAACAGCGAAGUUCACCAUGCAUGCAUCACCUUUUCAAAGCAUAGCUUGGAUACUAUUCAUAUUUGUAUGGGCUAUAUUUUGUAUUGUGAUUGUUCUUAUUGAUAAAAUACAUCAUAUUUGAUGUGUACUCACACUCCUUUAUAAUUCUCUUUAUCUCUCUCCCUCCAAUCUAUUGAUUUUAUACACACACACGCACACACACACAAUUUUUCCGCCCUUGUUGAUUACACUGCUCAAUCAAGUGCCUUUCUGCCUUAAUGCUACUACUGUCUUCUCUAAUUAUUAUUUAUUAUAAUUAAAACUAUAACUGUAUACACAAUUAUGUAUGUAUGUAUGUAUUUAUUGACGAAUUAUGAUCGAUGAGUUGAAAUUGGACAAUAUAUAUUAUUAUUUUAUUA